AUGAUUGCCAUUGGAAGCGACCGGGAGGAGGCGGUGGAAGAUGACGAGGAGGAGGAGGAAGAACCAUCAAGACGGCAGUUUGAUAGCGUGGAAGACGAGGUAACAGGGAAACUAAGAAAGGAGAAGUAUGACUUUGAUGCCACCACAGAGCAAAUACUUGUUGACUUCUUCGGUGAACAUGACUGCUUUUAUGAUACAGGAAGUAACAGAUAUGAUAACAGUAAGUUCAAGAAACACAUGAUGGAGUUGCAGUUGCAGCAAAAGGUGAUCCUCCUGUUGGCUGACGGUUUGAGGUGGGAUUCAUAUGGCUUGGACCUCACCAAUCUUAAAGAAGUGGAGAGGAACGGUGUCAAAGCCAGCUGGAUGAACGGAGUCUUCAUUUCAAUGUCUACGCCUAGUAUGUACUCCAUUGCCACAGGGUUGUAUCCAGAAAGUCAUGGCGCCAUUCACAACUUAUACUUCGAUCCUGUCACCAAGAACCGAACCUACUCGUACCCAGAAGCACUCAACAUUACAGAGUGGUUCGACACCGGGGCAGAGCCGGUCUGGGUGACGGCAAUCAUGCAGGGCCUACACGCAGGUACGAUUCUUUACCCUGGGGGUAACGUACCAAUCAAAGGCAUCAGCCCUGAUAAGAAUAUCCCGAGCACCGAGUGGUUUUGGUAAGUAAAAUCGCUUUUGAUGACUGUUUUAAUAUAUCCCUCU